GACAGGUGGCAGGACGGCUUGGCGGCCCGGCAUCGUCGCGUAUCCUUAUCCAUUUCAUUCCUUCUUCUUCGUCUCUAAUGACGCGCGGUCGGAUCUCUUACCUUCUUGUAUCAGACGAUGCUGUCCACGUUUUGUACCUCUACGCGGCCGAGCAGAAGGUAGAGAUAUCACCCGUCAGUACAGAACGUGCCGUCACCUGUCCCGCGUCCUUCCCCAUGCGGGGUUACGGGAAGCUCAGAAGUGCAGAAGUACGCGCUUCGUCGAUCUGCCUGAUCCCCGCUCUAACUAGUACUGCCGUGUUUUCCCUCCCACGGGGUUGGAGCAAAUGGCCCUAUCUCGAUCAAGGGAGCUUUCUGGGCGGUUGCCCCGGUGGUAAUAGAAACUGUCAUCAGUGCCUGGGGCCUAACCCGAAAGGACCUGGUGGAGGAGCUGAUGAGAAGAAAAUGAGGGCGCGGGCUAUUUUCGCCGCUCCUUCGUUAGGUACAAAACCCGACGCAUGAAGGUCUUUUGUUGUCCUGCGUCUCUGAAGGUUGAAUCAUUCCCGCGCUUAUGAUCUUCCUUACUCUUUUACCCCCACUCAAAUCGGACAUUCUCUGAACACAAGCCAGCAAAGAUGUCCUCCGUCGAAGACUCUAAAGAGCAGAAGGAGAUGAUCGAGAACUGGUCGACCUCACCCACAGCAGAGGCAAGGGUCGAGCAUGUCAACGAGAAGGGCGAAGUCGCGCAUAUCGAUGCGGCACUUGCGAGACGUGUGCAUGACCCAGAGGUGCGGAAGAAGAUCGAAAAGAAGUUGCUAUGGAAGCUCGAUUCCAGGUUGAUGCCAACGGUCAUUGUCAUCUUCAUUUUGAACUACAUCGACCGGAACAACGUAUCCACCGCUCGCCUCAGUGGAUUGCAGCAGGACCUUGGACUUAGCGGUGAGGUCUUUCUUCGUAUUGCGCGUGGCGCUGUUGACUCAUCCCAACCGCAGAUGUGCAAUAUGAAAGCUGCAUUGCCAUUCUCUAUUCCAGCUGCAGAUAUCACUUUCCAGACACCGUCCAAUCUGCUGUUAAACUAUGUCUCCAAGCCGUCUUUGUACAUCCCUAUCAUGGUCAUCCUCUGGGGUCUCGUGUCACUUCUCACCGGCGUUACCAACAACUUUACCGGCAUUGCUCUAUGCCGUGUUGCUAUCGGAAUCCCUGAAGCAGCAUUUUACCCCGGAACGAUCUAUCUUUUGUCACGGUGGUAUACCAAAAAGGAACUCGCAUUCCGCUCCGCUUGGCUGUAUGGCGGGCUGAUCAUCUCGAAUGCUUUCGGGGCGCUGAUGGCGGCUGGAAUUCUAAGCAACUUGGAAGGGAAGCUGGGGGUCAGAGGCUGGCGAUGGCUCUUCUACGUCGAGGGCGCAAUUACCAUGGCUGUGGGCCUCAUUGCUAUGCUUACUCUGCCAGACUAUCCACGGAAUACCUGGUGGCUUACAACAGAAGAGAAGAUCGUGGCUCAACAACGGCUGUCCGAAGAUGCUGGCGAGGCCGAUCAGGACUCCCCGGGAGACACAGCCUGGAAGGGCUUCAAGAUGGCGAUCACAGAUCCUAAGGUCCUCAUUUUCAUGUUCAUGACAUUCGUUCAGUUGCUUGGCUUGUCGUUUGUGAACUUCUUCCCGACGCUUACACAAACAUUGGGUUUCUCCACAACCAUCACUCUGCUGCUUUGUGCACCUCCUUGGGCGUACGCAUUCGUUAUCUGCAUCACGAAUGCGCGUCAUUCCGAUUGGGCGGGCGAGCGUUUCUGGCAUUUAACCUGGCCUUGGAUGGGCGUGAUUGUCGGAUACAUAAUUGCCAUGUCGACACAAGCACUUCCGGCGCGCUACAUUGCACUAUUCCUCAUGGCUGCUGGGUAUGCCGGUUUCGCUCUCACUCUCGUCUGGGUAUCGAACUCGUUCCCUCGUCCUCCUGUCAAGCGUGCUGCGGCGAUUGGGUUGGUGAAUGGUUUUGGAAAUCUUGGCAAUCUGGUGGGAAGCUACGUGUGGGAUGCUAGGUUUGGACCGAUCUACCGGCAGAGCAUGGGUGUUGGUCUUGUUGGUCUCGUUCUCGCCAUUGGCUGCGCUUGGAUUAUCCGCAUGCUUCUCCAGCGCAUGAACAAGAACAUCGAACGUCUAGAGCAAGCUAUGGAUGCUGCCGGCGCGGAUACCGAGAAUCUAGACAUGGAUCGUCUGCGUGCGACAGCCGAGAUUGAAGGUAUUGCGCUCGAUGAAGCUGCGGCUAUGAAGAAGGGGUUCCGCUAUCUGCUUUGAGGUGAUAGCACUCUUGUGUAUAGUAGAAUCUUAAACCCCACUUGCAAAUUUGGGAAAAAUCAAUGAUUGUGUUGUCG